AUGAGCAGCGGAGGAGAAGUUGCAGUGCCUGGUCAGUGCUUAGCUACGGUAGAUGAAACGAUCAAAGCAGGAAGUGGAGCGUAUGUACGUGAUGGAUCGAUCUUUGCAUCCAUCUUUGGCAAGUGGCGUAUCUCACAGAACAUUGUGGAAGUAACGCGAGCCAAUAAGACAAUGGCAUCGGACCAAGUGUUACGACUCAAUGAUAUUGUCAUUUGUCGAGUGAUAAAGAUCACGUCUCGACAAGUGAUGGUUGAUAUUGUUUGUGUGGGUGAGACAGUACUGAAGGAGGCAUUUCCAGGGACGAUUCGACUCGAAGACGUCCGGACUCAGGACAUUGAUAAGCUCGUGAUGGAAGAGGUUUUCUUACCUGGUAUGCUUGUCAAGGCGGUGGUGUUGUCAUUUGGUGACACUCGAUCCUACUUUCUCUCGACAGCUAAGCCAGGACUUGGUGUUGUACACCAACCAAUAGACCAGGACAGCCAGACGACCGUCUUCGAGACGAAGUAG